GCAUGUCCCUGACGUCGCCGGGUGACGUCAUACCGGAAGAGCGCCCAUUGUUUUGGCGUUUCCUCGUCUACAUCUUUAAAGAGUCGCUGAAAUAAAAACAACAAACAUCUGACAGGUGUCUCAUCAUGACUCACUGGUUCCACAGAAACCCUUUAAAAGCCACAGCGCCCGUGUCCUUUAAUCUGUACGGGGUGGCGUCUAGCCCCUCUGCCAAUAAGAUCUGCAAUGAUCUGAGAACAACACGGGCGAGAUUGCUGGACAUGUUUACAGACGCCACAUGCACCCCAGAGAUUAUGAAGAAAGCCAGCGAUGAAUAUUUCAGUUUGUUACAGGGGUUUAUUUUGCCGCUGGAUGGUACAACACAGGAAAACAAGCUUCGCUUCAUCCAGAACUUUAAAUGGACGGACACUUUACAGGGAAAUAUCCCAAGUGCCCAACAGGACGCAGUGUUUGAGUUUGUGUCAGUGGCGUUUAAUGUGGCCAUCUGGUACACAAAGUUUGCCUCACGGCUGGCUGGAAAAGAGAACGUCACAGAGGAUGAGGCCAAAGAUGUUCACAGAAGUUUGAAGAUCGCUGCCGGGAUCUUUAAAACCCUUAAGGAGACUCAUAUUCCUCGUCUGAUCACUCCAGCAGAGAAGGGCAGAGAUCUGGAGCCUCGAGUUAUUGACACCUACAUCAUUCAGAGUCAAGCUGAAGCCCAGGAGGUGACCAUCGCCAGAGCCAUCGAGCUGAAGCACAACGUCUCUCUUAUAGCAGCGCUGGCGUACGAGACGGCAAACUUUUAUCAAAAGGCCGAUCACACUUUAAACACACUGGAUCCUGAAUGCAGCACUAAAUGGAAGAAAUACCUGCAGCUCAAACAACAUUUCUACAUGGCUUAUGCACACUGUUAUCAUGGACAAACUCUUCUGGCUGCGGAUAAAUGUGGAGAGGCCAUCCGAUCCCUGCAGGAGGCUGAGAAAUAUUAUUCCCGAGCGGAAGCGCUGUGUAAGGAAUACCGUCAAACGAAAGGUCCGGGCAGCACGGCCAAACCCUCGGAGCAGCUGUUCUUUCGGAAACUGGGAACAUUCAUCAAAAACACCCUGGAAAAAUGCCAGAGAGAAAAUGGUUUCAUUUACUUUCAUAAGGUCCCCGCAGAAGCACCAAGUCUGGAGUUGAAGGCCAGUUAUGGUUUGGCUGAACCCACUCCAUUUGAACUCCCGCCGCUGAACCCUCAGUGCACACCUGAAGUCUAUGCCACCUUUGACCUCACCAAAGGACCUAAAGAUGAUAAGGCCAAAGCCAAGCGCGAUGAGGAGAUCAAGCCGAUGAAAGAGCCCGAUCUCAAACCACAGACAGAUACGGGCUGUGUUCUCUCUUAAACUCGUACAGAAACACACAAAGUCACGCAUGUCGAGGAAAGUUCCCUCGCAUUUACCGUAAUCCUCAAUACAGUAACUCUGUCUUAGUGUUAUUAUAUUCCCCAGCUCAAAUACAUAACAAUAUACUCUUCAAUUAAUACGAUCACUAAUUAGAUUUUAUUCAUCUUCAUAAUUGAAUUUGAUUUGCACUUGAUUAUUUUUUUGGUGGCAUAAUACAGAUGCUGUUUGGGGUUCAUUAAGAGUAAUUGUACUGAGUCAUCUCUGUAGGAUUGUUGAUAUAUCAGCACUUUAUGCCCGUGAAUACAAAUAUUGGACAAACAUGGUUUCAUACAAAGAAGGAAUCUCACAAUAAACCUUGUGAUAUAGUCAUGUAACACAGUAAUAUAUUUUUAUUUUGGUGUGAAAUGUUACCCUGUGAUGUUUAAAAGCAAUUAUUAUCAAAUGACAAUAGCAAACAAUGCAUUAGUGUCAUUCCCAUUGAAGAUAUACAGAUUAUAAUCCAUAACUCUUGAGAUUGAAAAUAUCUGCUGAGUGAUUUAAAGGAAAAGAAAAGCACGUUUAUUUGCUAUCAUGGGCUGUUUUUCAUUAAAAUCAUUCAUGUAAAAUGAAUCCCAAAUUGGGUUUAAUAAGACAAAACUUGUCUGGCGUCAAGUAAUGUUUUGUGAAAUGCCAUCCUGUAAAAUCUGAUUAUAAAAUCUCUUCAUAAACUUUCAGUUUCCAUGUAAAUAUUUCAAACAUGUCAUAAGGAUUGUUAUGAUGGAUGUUUUGCAAAUACUUCAAAUGCUUUAUGUCAUAUGGAUUUCAUGUCCUGGUUCAUUUAUUUGAUAGGUUAGUUAUCACUUCUUUAUUUGACACUGGACUUUAUCCAAACAUCUUUAUUUUAGAAAUCCGUUUUUUUUAUUUUAAAUAUCAGUGUGUAACAUCAUGGAUGGCAGAUGACAGGUACAUAAAAUUAAUUUGAAUUUUAUUUACAUUAUGAUAAAUAGCUUACACUUUUAUAUGGUAGUUCUGGCUCCUACUUUAAUUCAGACACUACAUCGGUUUGUUUUGAAAAGAACACAGCCAGACAAACAUUGUGUUAUUCUGUAUGUGUACUAGAAUCAGACUUCAGCACAGAUACUUACAGUACGGUAAAUAAUUGUAGGUUAUGCUGUAUUUUUAUUUAACACAAUUCUGUAGACAGUAAUACUUUAUUUAGUUGUUUGAGUUACACUCCAGAAUAAAGUUUUGUUAUUAUAAUCCAUUUAUGUUGUCAGUCUUUGCAGUUGUAUGGAUGUGUAUUCAGUAUCAAAUUAUUUAAAUGUUAUGACCUCAAUCUGUACUUCACUGCCACACAUGAACGGUUUUCUCAUUAAAAUCUGUGUCGACUA